ACUACACAACUCACAAGAGCAAGAACCAAAAUGGAAGGAAUUAUGGCUAUCUACUUCCUACCAGCAACAAUCGUCCUCUUAACACUCAUCACCUCAGUAUUCCUACUGAUCUCCUCGACAUCAAAACGACGCCGCUCAAAAUCCCCGCCGAGCCCUCCGUCGCUUCCGUUCAUCGGCCAUCUCCAUCUCCUCAAGGAACCAAUCCACAGAACAUUGCAAACCCUUUCCAACAAGUACGGCCCCAUCUUCUCCCUCACUCUCGGCGUCCGACGCGCCAUCGUCGUCUCAUCCCCAGCUCUAGCCGAGGAAUGCCUGAACAAAAACGGCGCCGUCUUCGCCGACCGGCCGCACGGUUUACUGGGCUGGAAAAUCAUAGGCUACAACUGCACCGCCUUGGGACACACGCCGUACGGCGCGCACUGGCGCAACCUCCGCCGCCUCUCCACCGUCGAGCUCCUCUCCACCGCCCGCCUCAACUCCUUCCUCCACGUCCGCCAAGACGAGGUCAAGCGCCUGGUCAACGGUCUGGUCGGCGAGGGUUCGGGUUUUAGCGAGGUAGACAUGCGGUCGAGGCUGAUGGGGUUGUCGAUGAACAUCGUGAUGAGGAUGGUCGCCGGAAAGCGGUAUUUCGGCGAAGCCGGUCACGAUGAGGAAGGGGAGAGAUUCAAGAAGUUGAUAAGGGAGGCGUUUGAUCUGAGCGGGACGACGAAUCCGGUGGAUUUCUUGCCGGUGCUAAGGUUGGUGGAUUUCAGUGGGCUUGAGGGAAGGAUGUGGGCCGCUCACAAAGGGACCGAUGAGUUCUUCCAACGUUUGAUUGAGGAGAACCGGAGUAGUUAUGGAGAGAGGGAAGGUAGCAAUGAGAAGACGAUGAUCGAUACUAUGUUGAAUUUGCAGGAAGCCGAACCUCAAGUCUACACCGAUGAGAUCAUCAAAGGCCAGAUUAUGACGAUGAUAUUAGCCGGUACAGAUACCUCAGCAGGCACAAUAGAGUGGGCGAUAUCACUCCUACUAAAUCAUCCCGAGAUCCUUAACAAGGCAAGAGCUGAACUAGACAUUGUAAUUGGCCACAAUCAGCUAGUACAAGAAUCCGACUACACUAAACUUUCGUACCUCCAGGGUAUCAUUAACGAGACAUUACGACUCUAUCCACCAGGGCCACUUUUAAUGCCACAUCAGUCUUUGGAGGAUUGUAUUAUUGGAGGUUAUCCUAUCCCGAAACAGACCAUGUUAUUUGUUAAUGCAUGGGCCAUUCAUAGAGACCCCUUAAUUUGGGAAGACCCUGCAAGAUUUUGGCCUGAGAGACAUAUUAUAGGAGUGGAAUCGGAUGGUUACAAAUUUUUGCCAUUUGGUGUGGGAAGAAGGUCAUGCCCUGGGUCCGGGCUGGCGAACCGUGUGGUGAGUUCAGCUUUGGGAGCUUUGAUACAAUGCUUUGAGUGGAAAAGGAAUGGUGAAGGGCUAUUAGAUAUGAAGGAAGGACUUGGGAUAGUUAUGCCUAAAGCUGAGCCACUUAAAGCUCUGUGUAAACCACGGGAGUGCAUGACAAAUAUUUUUAUGGCUGGCGAUUAGACGAUAUUUCAUUGUUGCUCUUGCUGUUGUUUUCCCCUUUCGGUUAGCUUUCGUUUGGUUUCUCAUUUGUACGAUAUAUAUAAGGAUUGGAGUUGGACCAAUUAGUUUAGUUUUGGAAUUUAAUUUAUCACUAAUAAAUUAUUGAAGUAUAAUUAAUGUAGUUGUUGAGGUGGUAGUGAAAUAAUUUAUCAUAUUAAUGAAACAAAUCUUUAAAA